AUGGCUAACGAGGCGGAGAGAUUCGCUUCAUAUGUUCACGGCUGGGAAUAUGCGUGGGGCAGAACCUGCGGCUUCUUCAGAGACAUGACGACUUUGAGUUCCAUGCAGUUUACGCACAACACGCCCGGACUCAACAGCAGUCCUUGGUCUGCCACGCGAACAUUGCAGAUCUUCUCCAUCAAGCUCGCAGAAAUAACCGGUGGCCUCAAGUGGCCAUUGUCUGUGUAUGGCGUGGUUGCUGCCCGAGACGUCGCGGAUCACAACCGCAACCUUCUCUUCUCUUGCAAUAGGAGCCAGGCCCAAGAACUGAAAGAAGAGGAUAGAAAUUUGCGCUUGAUUGGCCCGUCCCGUGCAAUUGUGUUUACGGAUAGAGUUGAUUUUGAAAUCCAGCUGAAACUAAAAGGUACGGGUACGGCCAAGUCACAAGACAAAGCAUUGAUCAGCUCUGCAGACUGUUACGGCGACGGAUAUGGACCUGCUGUGUCAACCUUUUCUGUCAGUAACUGUUUCUGCGCACUGGAGUUUUGUGUGCAGACAGUUACACGAACCUUUCAGGCCACUGUCUUGGAUGUCCAGGUUGUCAAAGAUGAUGGGUCCUGGCCUUUUGAAUACGGUGGCCGAUUUGCAUGCUCUCCACUGUCGAGGAAGUUUGUGUUCACUGAUAGCAGAGUCACUCGCGCUAUCAAUCCCUCAUCUAGCCAAAUUGUGCUGCUUGAUUCAAAAGAUGGAGCAUGCCUGAAAAAAUGUUGUGGGGGUUACCUACAUAUGUGGUGGCAAGUUGUUUCAGUAGAAAUUGAAGGGCAGUUAAAUGUUUUCAUACACGCCUACUCCAAAUCUGGCGAUAUCGCUUCACAUUGCCAGGUCUGUUUCAUACCCAAAUCUUGCGGGAUGAGCCAUGGUAAAUGUGCUCUUGGUGGCUCCGAGGUAUCAAUUACUGUUGCUUGGUCCCUUGUUGCUACGGACAAGGGGACGAUCGCAGCACAGGGAAAUUUGUUUGAAUGUUGA